AUGAAACUAUUUCUAGUAUACUCAAUUAGUUUAUUGGUCGUUGUAAUACGUAGUCUUAAUAAUUUAAAUAGUAUAAUCCCACCACACUAUCAACAAAUCACCCAAUUUAUAAUAAUAUCAACAUUGUCAAAAGGAAUCAAUAGUUUUAGAGCUCUCUCUCUCUCAUUAAAUAAUGGUGAUGACACGAAUUUAACAUCUUCAUACCAAAAAAAAAAAACAAAUCAUUAUUUAAGAAGCGGCCAUUGGUUUGAAACAUCUUUACAAACCAACAACGAAUGUAGUAACAUCAACAUGUUGCAUACAUUUGGAUCCGAUCCAAUCAGUACGACCAAUGAAAUUCCAAUAAUAUCAAACAGCAGUAAUAAUAAUAAAAUUAGUAUACAAUAUAUUAAUAGCAAUUCGGAAUUUCUAUUACGUUUACAAAAGAAUCAUUAUUCAUUCCUAUUGAUCCAACAAUAUAGGUCACUUAAUAAUAGUAAUAAUAAUAAUAAUAAUAACAAUAGAUAUCAUACAUUUUUUAAUAAUAAUCUAAAUAAUAGUAAUUCCUUAAUUAUACAAUUACAAAUGUCAUUCUUUUCGAAAUUCAGGGUUGGUGGAGAUUCCUCUUCAGAAUCUUCAUCAUCAAACUCCUCUUCUUCUUCUUCUUCCUCUUCGCUUAGAAAGAAAACCAAAAUGAAUCAAGACCAAUUUCCUGUGCAAUCACCAAGAUCCUCACCCAUUUUAAAUAGAUCAAACUCAAUGAAUAAAUCGACCGACUCUUCCUCCUCCUUGGGAUCACCAAGAGGUUUCCUCCGAUCAAGUCUACAAGGUCUGCGUAGAAAAUUUAGUAUUUCAAUAUAUGCACCAUCCGAUGACGACGAAGACUACUCAAGAUCCAACUCUUGUACUAGUAGUAGCAGCAGCAACAGUGGAGAUGGCAAUUCUGCACACUUUGGAUAUGAAUUAUCGGAUUGCGAGAGUAAUGACUCGAUUUGUUCGUCGGCAAGCAAUGAGUUGGGAUCUUCGACAUCUUCGUUUGACUCGACACCCGAGAAUUUCUACAACGAUACACAAAUCAUCAAAAACUACACCAACCGCGCCAGCACCAUCAACAACAACAUCAAAUUUUAUUACAUUGAAUUAUUCCCUCAGGAAGUUGUUUUGAAAAUCCUAUCAUUCUUGAAUGCCAGUGAUUUGGUGAGUGUUUCAAUGGUAUCGAGACAUUUCUACGGAUUGGCUAACGAGCGAACCCUCUGGAAAAAGAAGUGUUUCCGAAGACAAUGGAUCACAGCCGAUCGAUAUGAUCCACUCUUUGAAUACAAAACCUAUUAUUUCGAAAAGGUUGCUAUCAAUGCACCCAAUUGCUUUAAAUGGAUCGCACCUAAACACUAUGGUGCAGUACCAACUAAACGAUUCAAGCAUACAGCAACCUAUGUCGAUGGAAAGAUUAUAUUCAUUGGUGGACAAGAAACCGACACCAAGCGUUUCAACGAUAUUAUCUAUUACGAUACCGAAUCACAUACAUUCUCAAAGCCACAAAUCAAAGGUGAUCGUGUCCCAAACUUUUCGAGACACACUUCAUGUUUGAUUGAUCAAAACAUAUUUGUAUUUGGUGGAUUCGAUGGUCAUGGAUCCAACUUUGAUCUCGCUGUGUUCAACCCAACCACCAAAAUCUGGACAAACAUCCCCAAGCAAUUUAUCAAUGGAAGUCUUCCAGUCUCAAGAACUAACCAUGCGGCAUCAGCCGUUGGCAAGACAAUGUAUAUCUUUGGUGGAAACAACAACGAUGAAUUCGGACACUAUCAGGUACUGGAUGAUCUCUAUGCCCUCGACACCACCACCAUGACAUGGUCUCAGCCAACAGUCACCGGUGACAAGCCAUGUGCUCGUUCCGGUCAUUGUAUGACUGCAAUCGGAAGUAAACUCUAUCUUUUCGGUGGUGGUAUCUGGAAUGAAACCAGCGGAUGGACAGACAAAUUCAAUGACAUACAUAUUUUCGAUACCACCAGAAACCACUGGACAAAAGCAGCGACACAAGGUGAUAUUCAAACGAGUACGUUUGCCAUUUCAUUUGCAGUGGGCCGAUUCCUAUUUAUUUUUGGAGGUGGAAGUAAACCUCGUCAUUGUGUUACAAACGAUAUUUAUAUUUUGGAUACAGAGACUCUACAAUGGAUCGCUCCAUCAAUCGAAGAGCCAAGACCACCCGCUCGUGACAUGGGUACUGCCUGUGUCGCCGGUGGAGAUGUAUACUUUAUGGGUGGUUAUGCAGGUGGUCCCAUUGACUAUUUCAACAAGUUAAAGUUCAAUUACAAAGUUCUUACCAACCUAGCAUCUAAUCAAUGUAAAUUACUUCACACUGACUAUUUAUCACAAGGAAAUAGUGUUAUGUAA